GGGUAGAGUGAGAGGCAAGGGAAGAGGACGAUUCAGACGCGCCAUAACACACACAUCGAAAGCGCAAAAGGACGCUCUUAGGGACGCAAACUCACUUUGAGGAUCUUCCUUGUAUUUAAUUUGCCAAUAAUGCUCUCUGUCGAAUCCGAAAAAUUAUAUUCGCCAAGUAAUCUCAAGAAAGCGACCUAGUCCGGCCAACAGGCUAUUGCUCCGUACCCUGAAGACUUUGGAAAUUGAAGAAACAGCCAUCAACAUGAGAGCUCAAAUUGAGGUUAUACCCUGUAAGAUAUGUGGCGACAAAUCUUCCGGGAUUCAUUAUGGUGUUAUCACCUGUGAAGGGUGCAAGGGAUUUUUCAGACGCAGUCAGCAGAACAAUGCCAUGUACUCAUGCUCGCGGCAGAGGAACUGCCCGAUCGACCGAACCAAUCGGAACCGCUGCCAACAUUGUCGCCUGCAGAAGUGCCUGGCACUCGGCAUGAGCCGUGAUGCGGUGAAGUUUGGUCGGAUGUCAAAGAAACAGCGAGACAGCCUGUAUGCAGAGGUGCAGCGACACCAGCAGCUGUCUCAGGAGUGCCUAGCGGGUUUAGGUAGUGGUCUGACAUCGCGAGACCACGAGGAGACUAGCGAAGACAGCGCGAACAGCCGGCCGUACAGCAGCGGAGGCUCCAGCACCACCCUUAGUGACCUAGACGACAUCGACAUGCUGCCAGACGGCUUGCUCUUUGACCUGCCACUCACCCCAGAGGAGACUGGGGAGUACUGCACUCUAGAGAUGCUCGGGGGCGGGUUAGGAAGUGGAAGCUCAUCCAAUCAGAGCUCUCCAGAGUCCAGCAUGGUUGAUUUGACGGAAGCAGGAAGGGUGAAACAUGAGUAUAUCCUGUAUGAAAACAGCCUGCUUACACACUCUCUCCUGGGGUCCCUACCUGACAACUGCUCUCUACACGACAUAGAGCGGAUCACUCAAAAUGUUGUAGAGUCCCACCUGGAGACGUGUCAAUACAGCACAGAAGAGCUAAAGAAACUCAAUUGGAAUGUCUACACGCCUGAGGAAACUCGCAGCUUUCAACUCAAGUCUGCAGAAUGCAUGUGGCAACAAUGUGCCAUGCACAUCACAAAUGCCAUCCAGUAUGUUGUGGAGUUCGCCAAGCGCAUCUCUGGAUUCAUGGACUUGUGCCAGAAUGACCAGAUAAUCCUGCUCAAAGCAGGAUGUCUUGAAGUGCUGCUGAUCAGAAUGUGUCGUGCGUACAACUCUUCUAAUAACACUAUAUUUUUUGAUGGAAAGUUUGCCAGCCCGCAGCUCUUCAAAGCCCUUGGGUGUGAUGACCUGGUGAACGCCGUCUUUGAAUUGGCUAAAGGCUUGAGUCGUCUACAGCUGAAUGAAGAGGAAAUGGCUUUAUUCAGUGCUGCCAUUCUACUGGCACCUGAUCGGCCGUGGUUGACGGAGUCUCAGCAAGUACAGAAGCUUCAGGAGAAGGUUUAUGUGGCCUUGCAGCACAGCUUGCACAUGAACGGAGCCACCAGCGAGAAACUGGACAAGAUGGUGUCCAAACUACCACAGAUGAAGUCUAUCUAUAACCUGCAUAUUGACAAGCUGGAGUUCUUCCGCCUGGUGCACCCAGAAACGGCCUACAGCUUCCCACCUCUGUACAGGGAAGUGUUCGGCAGUGAGAUCAACUUCCCUGACUCCACCAGCCGUUAAAGAAGAAGAAAGAGAGAGAUAGGGAGAGAAAGUGAAGAAGGGGAUAUUAUGAAAGAGUGUAAAAGGUUCCAGGGAGAGAAGAAAUAGACCACUGAGUGUAAAAACAGAUUCUAAAAUUAAGGCAUUUAUAAAACCUUGAGCAGUCCAGGUACAAUCCUUCCCAGUUUAGUGCAGCAAUGUUACAUCGCAACCGUUAGUUACAACUCAAACACUUUCAUAUGAUGCACAAACACACACAGCCACAGGAGCCAACAUAAAGGGGCGAAUUUACUAAACAGUUGCAUCAUUUUUGCUGUAUUUCACCACAAAUUUCCUACAUCUUAUUCACAAGCCACCCGCAAUCCAGUUUAACCAGGUGCAAUCAGUGCUGAAAUAGUGAUGCAACUCAAGUAUUUAAAUGACUUAAUUUUUUUGUAAAUUACAUUGAACACAAUUUUGUUUGACCUGAUUUGCAUACUUCCUUUGGUAAACCGGGUUUAAAAACAAUGACAACAGCAUGUGCAGAUAAACAAUGCUAUCAGCGGGCACAAUUGGUUCUUAGUAAAUUCCCCCAAAGUUUUUCAGAAUCCACGCUAUUGUGCAACAGUGCACACAUCACCAUUUUAUAAACACACUCACAACUGGAAUACUCCUGGUUGUGCUUUCGAGCUGUUCUAAUUUUAUGGAAACACUCCUAAAUUAUUUUUAUGUACAGAAGAAAGCUUGAAAGCAUUCUUUUUUUUUUCAAACAUGUACAUGUUAAAGCAUGCCACAAUCCUUUCUGUACACAAAAAGAUAUUUAGAGUUUUAUGUAUACAAUGAUUUUAAGUGGAUCAAACUCUCUUACACAGUCCAUGUACCUUCAGGAGAGCACAAAAGGUCUUUCUCCCACCGUAUCACUCUUUAAGCGUUAAUAUCACUAUUUUUCCCCUUCUCCCCUUGUUUUUUCACCCUUGACGAAUUAUGAAUGUAUCCCAUGAAACGCACUUUUUUACAUUUUUUGAGACCGAAUGUACACAAUGCACUUUUGGUCCUGCGUUAUGCUUUAAAAAAACUUUAUAACAAUCCACUCAAACAAAAACCUGAUGUGCCCAACAAAUGAAGGGAGCAAUGAUACCAAAACUCUACCAGUGCUGCGAUAAAGGAAUAUUAAAUCUUAAGUGCAAGUUAGGCUUUAUCGACGGCAUCUUUGUCUAUUUCAAAUCAUCGUAAAAUUUUGCAAACUGUAUGAUUGACCUGUUGACUUUCCUCGUAAGUGCAUUUUUAUCAACACAUUUGUUUUUUGUUUGCUUUUACAAACUAAGAGAUGAAUCAAAAUGAUUUCUUUGGCUAGCAUGCCACAGUUAGACCUUAACUUGUAAUUAACCCGGAAUAUUCCAACAAAACCUACAUAGUGUUAUGACAAUUAAUACGAGAGAGCAAAAUCAUAAGAUUUCGUACAACUUAGGAAAAAUCCUAAAAACAUAGUUCAUUGGUUUGUUUAUUUAUUUCUAUAAGAGCAAAAGUUGCACAUUUUUGUACAAGCCAACAUGUACAAUUUCUUUUGAUUUCACAAUCUUGUACUAUUAUUAUGGGCUGGCAAAUCUAUUUAAAUGAACUAGAAAUCUGAACUCUAUGCGCAAUAGAAGUUUACAAUUAGAAGUUUACAAUAGAUUACAAUUAGCACCAAAAUGCAGUCAUGGCCAAACAUUUGUGAACGCCUUGUUUUGCUACUUUUCAGAAAAGAACCCAUAUGCACACAAUUGUCACUUUAUUUAAACAAACUAAAAACUCACAAUCUGCAAAAUCCACAGAACUACAUAACUACAUCAGUUGUAGAGGCUUUAGUUAGCUUUAGUAGAAAACUAUGUUACUAAUGCAAGAGGCUUAAAUAUACCUGUACACAGUAGAUAAUAUAAGGUCAUGUACCUCCUUGUUUUCACUUUGCAAACAACUUUUGACCGCAACAGUGCAUAACGGGACAUAUUAUUUGACCUUAACUGCCAAAUAGCACAGAAAUUACAACAUGUUUUAAAUUCAGUACAAGGAGUUUGCAAACUUUGGCAUGACUGUGAAUAAUUGGCGAAUGGAACAUCCAAAGCAGUUAUUCCACUAAUACAUACUCUUAUUUGCUCAGGCACAUUUUCAGUGUUUGGUGCAUCUCCUUGUUUUGUUUUUUUGUCAUUUUAAUGCAAUGAGACCUCAGUCCCACAUCCCCUUCCCUUGUAAAUGCCACUUUAAAAAAAUGUAUGUUCAUUUAAUUUAUAUGGACAUUUAUAAAUGGUUAUUUUGAAUAGGAAUAUGUAUAAAAUAGGAUAUUUAGUCAAAAAAAGAAGAAAGAACUAGAAAGAAAAACAAGGACAGGUGCAGCAGGCGUAAGAAAGAUUUAGAGGAUUGUUCAAACAAUGGAGCGAGCCAGGACUUUUACUAGCCGGCUCAAGAAUUCCUUGGACUGCAUUGGAAUACCGGACCAGAGAGAUCUCCUUUGAACGGACUUCCACCCACUUUGUUCUGGAUGAAAUUUGCAGGCUGGUCUCCUGUCGCAUUCCAGAUGGAAUGCUUACAGGGGUUGGACAGUUAUUCCGAGAUGAGUUGGAUGCGGCACGGAAUUUGACACAGCUUUUUCACAAAAAGGCAAAGGAGCAGUGUUUUCUGGGACAUGCACUAAGUUGGGAGUGCCUUGAUAAUCCCAGCCUGAUCAUGUGAGAGACCCUUCCUCCCGUGGGAUCACCAGUUUGGUAAACCUCAAAACUGGUUUUCAUAGACCGAAAGAAAACUCAAUAGGUUCGGAAUGUCACUCAAAGAUUAGUCUGGGAACAGAUACGCCACAUGCAUCACACGGCUUCAGGGAGCCUUGUUUGUGGUUACAAUGAGCACGGAUUAUUAUUGUUGUAUUACUGUUGUAUUAUUUUGUAAAUUGUUGAUCAACUCUCCUUUUGUCCAUUUCUAUGGGACAGAUUUUGUCCUUCAGUUCUCCUUUUCCCUACUCGUGCACCACAGUGCAACAACAAAAACUUGAGUUCUCAGCUACUCCUUUGAAAGUCAAGACUCUCAAUAUUGUCUAUGUAACUACAGUAUAUACACUAAACAACUGGAUUAAGGUGAGUCUCAAACAUUGAUCGAUCACAUCCCUGCUAAUUGCUAAAUAAAACCAUUUUAAACCAGCCUAAUCUGAUUUUCUGGUCUUAGCUGGUCACUUUGGAUACCUCAACUGGUCAGACUGGGGGACCAUCUUAAAAUCAGCUUACACUAGCUUGGCCAGGCUGGAAGACCAGCUAGACCAUCCUAAACGAGACCAGCAAACCGUCUUUGAUUAUUAUGUCAGUAGGGAUGUUCUAUUUAAAAGACUAAAAUUACAUGAUAUGGUGAUCUAAGUAAUUUUUUUAAGGAAAGAGAGAACUUUUCUUGUCUACCCAACCAUGUUCAGAAAGUCUGAAAGAAUAUAUUCAGUCAUUUCUUUAGAAGAAUACAGGAAUUCUGUCAGUAUAAUGUAUUUUGAAGUGUGUUGUUAUGACAAUCCCCACCUUUAGGCCUUUGAUGCAUGCCAUCCUAUUCAGAAAAAGUUGUGUUGUCUAAUUCAGUCAUGCUGUAAAAAUGUAUAUGGUCCAUGUUUGAUUCUUUUUUUGUGUGUUUUUUUUUUUUUUUUGGUAGAUGAUAUGUUUCUGCUGUGUGUUUCACAACAACAACAAAAAAAAGAUUUAUUCUCAGGGAGAUAGCUGAUCUCUGUCUAACCAGUAUCCUCUGCCGACUACACACAAACAUACUUUGCACCGAAUAGGAGACCUGUACUCUUAAUCACUGUGUCCUGUAGCUAUAUUUAAAUAUACAGUAUAUUUUUGUGAAUGUCAAUCACAAAGUGUCAUUGACCUUUCCUCUUUCUGCUAAUGUUCUAUUAAAGGUUCUUUCAGCCUGAAUUAUAUAAGACAAUGAAUAUGACUACAUGAGAGAAAAUAAAAUAAAAUAAAAUAAAAAAC